UUACCUUCUUUUUUUCUACUCUAUAGCCUGGCAUCGGUAAUCGAACAGCUCCCAUUCGCGGCUCACUGUCUCUACCCCCGUAGUGGCUAUUUUAACGUUUGUACAGCGCCCAGUAGCAACUGCUGGGAUCCACAGAGCUCUUUUCCCCGCCAUCCGUCGCGCGCAGAGGCAUGUCCGCCGUCAAGUCGCCAAAGCUUGUCGCCCUACCAAAGCUCAAAGAGAUCUCAACUGCAUCGCCCCCUCAUCCACCAACGCCAUCGACACGCUCUGUUCUCAUCUUGACCUGCAGCAGGAUAUAUUCUCGUGUCCGCCAUUUGCCAGCAUCCUCUGCACUAGGGGUCUACCGAGGAACAGCGAGCGGAAAUUCUUUACCUGCUUGAUAACCGAGGGAGCUAGCUCUCCAACCCGUCGAUUGGCCGACUCUCGAUCUUGUAGCAGCAAGACUCUGGCCUCGAUCUCGUUUCGGGGCCACAGCCUACGCGCUGCUGUGACCCUAAUCGCAAGGGAAGCUGCUCGCAAUCGACACGGAGCAUGACACAGCCCCCAAGCUCUGCUCAGACGCAACAUGUGCAGCAGCAGCACCGUCUGCUCCCCGACUCAAUCAUGCCUUCUGACCACGAUCGUGGCCGUGAUAGGGCUACCAUGGCGUUUCUAAAACAGUACCGAACAGAAAUCGCCGCCAGCACCUCCAGUGUCUUCUCAACAUUGGCAGCAUUCCCCCUCGACAGCGUCAAAACGCGCAUGCAGACAUACCAGUACAAUGGCUUUCUCGAUUGUGUGAAGCAUACGUAUCGCACAGAAGCAUUAGCGGGAUUCUUUCGAGGAGUCGCUGCCCCCAUGGCCAGCGUGACCCUGGUCCGAACCAUAUCCUUCUCCAUCUACCAACGAGCGAAAUAUGCAUACGCUGGGUGGUUAAAGCGAACCACAGGCUAUGAUGUGAUGGGCUACGUCAGCACAACAGGGACGUAUCCUAACAUGUACUCGGUUCUUACCUUUGGCGCAGCUGGUGCAACAGCUGGUGCCAUUAUCCCUAUUCUAGCAUGCCCGUUUGAGCUCACCAAGCUUAGUUCUCAGGUGUCUGUGCUCCUAGCUGAAAGAAGUAAAGGAGACAAACGAAUCGCUGAGCUGGCCGCGAGCUAUCAAAACAAGGGCACGCUGAAAACAAUGGCCAACAUUGUAAAGCAUCGCGGUGUUUUAGGACUCUACACGGGCUUUCGACUACACCUUUUGCGAGACACGUUAGGCACAUCCAUCUACUUCAUGGUAUACGAGAGCGGCAAACAAAUAGGCACAACAUUUGCUGGCGACAGCCCAAAUAACAACAAGCUAGCAGUGGUCACAUCUGGCGGUCUCUGUGGUCUUGUUUCCUGGGCGAUGAUAUACCCUAUUGAUUCCGCCAAGAGCAUCUACCAGAGAAACGCCUUGCUACACGCCCGAGGCGAAAAGGUAGAGCCGUCGCCGAUACAGUUCUUCAAAAAGCAAAUGUAUCGUGGCCUUGCCGUAUCCAUGAGCCGGUCUUGUGUCGUCAACGCCAUCUUCUUCUCGUCCUUUGAAUUCAUCAAAAACAGGAUCAAGACAAUGGACGAGAACCAAGAUGCUUGAGCGCGCAGUUUUCGUGCGUCUCCCUUGUUCCCUGGAAUCUACUUUUGCAUCAGUGUCGGCGUUUUCUACUUGUAUUUAUUCACCAAGCCGCGGUAUCUGGCUUCCACCUGUUGAUUAUAGAACAAACAACCAUCUAAACAAACUCUUAUUGCUAAUGAGACUCAUACUUUGAAUCUAAAGACCAGUUAUGUGCUUCUCCUCUUCAUUGGCUACACAUGUAAAAGAAAAGAUGUGAAAUAAAAUAAACCUUUUUUUGUCAUUAUCCAGGUAUAUAAUCAGUCGCGAUUUUCAGUUCUGUCCCCCAACCUAUCGCUGUCUAUGCAUUCAUUACUCUCUCUCGCCUCUAAAUACAAUACGUGAAGCAGCAGCAGCUUACUGCUCGGCCAAUUCCUUAGCAACCUGAGCCUUGACGUGCUCGCGCACCACCUUCCAGUCAUUGUCAACAACCGCCACACGCUUCUCCUUCUUGUCAAGUCCCACAAACUCGGCAGGGAGGACCUGUUUCUCAAAGUUAAAGUUUGGCUCGUCCUUCAGUGCAACUUCAACAGCACCGGCAAAUUUGGCAGGGUGUGCUGUCGACAGUGAGAUAUGAGGUACACCAGGGGCGCGCUCAACAGAGCGGAGCGUGGCAGCUGCACCAACAGCGGAAUGAGGGUCAAGAACGUAUCCAACACUGCGGUAGAACGACUGGAUGGUCUCGAGAGUUUGGGCAUCAGACACACGCUCAGACUCAAAGUCGCGCUGAGCAUUAGCAAGAAUGUCUUGGUAAACAGGGCCGAAAGAACCGGUAUCCUUGAGCUGCUUGAGCCAUCUGGAGACCUCUUGACCAGCCUGCUUUUUGUUCCAAACGUCAUCCAUACCGGCUGUGGCUGCAAAUUCGUAGGCAAGGAACCACAGGAGACGCUCAAAGUUGCUGGAAACCAGAAUAUCCAUGGCAGGGCUGAGGGUCUCUUUAACGCCGCCCUCGGCCUCAGCGCUCUUCUCGUACUUGCCUGUCUUCCAGAAUCGGUCAAGGAUAUCAUUGUCGUUGGUAGCAAUGACGAGCUUGUCGACGGGAAGACCCAUACGGAAGGCGAAGUAACCAGCAAGGAUGUCACCAAAGUUGCCGGUAGGGGUAACAAAGCGGACCUUGUCGCCGAUCUUGAAGUUGGAGUCGGGCUUCUUUGCAAGGGCAAAAUAAGAGUAGAAGUAGUAUGUGAUCUGAGCCAGAAUGCGAGCCCAGUUGAUGGAGUUGACGGCACCAAGGUUGAGGGUAGAGUUCAUGUCGUCAUCAGCGAACAGCUGCUUCAGGAUGUCCUGACAGUCAUCGAAUGUGCCACCGAUAGAUAGGUUGUAGACAUUCUUAUCGGGGACCGUAGUCAUUUGGAGCUCCUGGAUAGGGCUGACACGGCCGGUAGGGAACAUGAUGAAGACGGAAACAUCCUGCUUGCCGCGGAGGCCAUAGAUGGCGGCAGAGCCAGUAUCACCACUUGUGGCUCCAACGACGGUAAGAUGAUGACGGUCUGUUAAACAUUGGUUAGCCAAGAACUUUCUAUUUUUGUUUCUAUUUAGCCCAGUUGAAACUCACCCUUGCCAGUCUUGCCCUUGUUCUUGCGGACCAAGAAGUACUCAAAGAGGUUGCCAACAAAUUGCAGCGCAACGUCCUUGAACGCAAAUGUUGGGCCAUGGAACAGCUCCAACAGAUGAUGGUUGUCUUUCAGGUGGACCAGCGGUGUGGUCUCUUCGCUUCGAAAUGUAGAGUAACUUCGCUUGAUGAUAUCCUUGAGAUCGUCGGCGGGGAUUUCGCUAGGAGAGAUGUAGAGAGAGAGGAUCUCAUAGGCGAGAUCUUCAAAGCUGAGAUCCUUCCAUGAUUGCCAGUUGGAAGCAGAAGGGAUCUGUUCGGGAAUGUAGAGGCCGCCGUCGGUUGCAAGACCCUUGAGAACGACUUCUUCGAAGGAGAGCUGCACAGGCGAGCUGUUAGCAAGGGAUAUGUUUACAAAGGUAUUCUG